AUGAAUAAUUUAAAUAAAUUAGAAGAUAAUCUUAAUGAUAAAAAUUGUAUAACUAAUUUAUAUCAUACAAAAAGAGAAGGUAGAACUAUAAUUGGUGAUAAUGUAAAUUAUAAUAACAGAGAAAAAAACAAUAUAAAUAUUGCAGAAAGAAAUAGCAAUAAAGUUAUACCAUAUAUUGACGAUUAUAAAUGUAUCAUUAAGAAAGGAAAUCUAUUUUAUUCAGAAAGUUCAGAUAAUAUAAAGAAGAGUGAAAUAUAUCAUAAUAACAAUGAAAACAUUAAUUAUAGCAAUAAUGGUGAUGAUUUAAUUCUAUUAAAAAAGUAUAAAGGAAUUAACUAUUCUAAUGAAACUAUCAAUCCUAAUACAAAAGAAUUUGUAGAAUAUAUAAAUAAUAAUGAGGAAGUAAUUAAUCUUAAAUGUAUAAGUGAAAUAAUGAAAAACGAUAGUAUUAUUAAAAAUAACAAAAAUUCAAAAGAACAAAAAAAUUUUCAAAACUCUAAUUUUAUAGGAAGUGAGGAAAUUUCCGAUAACCUCUCAUAUUUUAACAACUUUAAAUAUAAAAAUGGUAAUUUAAUUGAAAUAAAUGAUAAUAUUCAAGAUAGUUCUAAAAGUAAAGUUGAAAUUAAUGUUGAAAAUAAUAGGGAAUAUAUAACAGAAGAUAUUCUUGAAAAUAAUUCUUUAAAAGACAUAAAAAUUAAUAUUAAAAAUAUAAAUAAUGAUUAUUUUAAUUAUAGAAGCAAACAAUUAAGUAACAUAAAUAAUUUUAAAAUAAAAUUUAAUAAAAUUUCCUAUUUUGAUUCCGGAAAUAAAGAAUAUAAUACUAGUGAUUAUAAUGUCAAAUAUAAAAAAAUAUUUAAUUCAUUGAUUGAUAGUGUUUUUAGUCAUCCUUAUAUGUCAUUUUAUGAAUCAAAUUCAAUAAAAGAACAAAAUGAAAAAAAUUAUACAAAUAAGAAAAAAAUUAACAAAAGGGAGCAAAUGAAUAAUAUUCCAUUUGAUACAGUAUUUAUUAAUAAAGAUGAAACUAUUUUUGACAUUUAUGAUAAUAAUAUAAUCAAAAAUAACAAAAAUAUUUUUAAAUAUAAUAUUGAUAACUUAAAUAACUUCAAUUUAUUGAAUAAUUAUGGAGAAAUUUCCAAUAUAUGUUCAUACAGUAAUCAGAUGAACCAUCUAAAUAACAGCCAAAUAGAUCAUUCUUUAUUACAUUUGAAGAAUUCACAAGAAAAAUUCCAAAAUGUAAAUAAUGUUUCUAAUUUUUACAUUAAUAAUUUAUUUGAAAAUAAUAAAAAAGAGGAUAAUUUUAAUUAUGAUGAAAAAAAAUUUUUACAAGUUUUAAUAUAUUACAACAAUAUGAUUAAUAAAUCUCAUAUAAAUUAUGUAAAAAGUGAUUUAAAUGAAAUUUUAUAUGAUAAUAUCCUUUUAAGAAAUAAAUUACUUUUUAAUGAGAACAUUUUUAAUUAUGCAAAUAAGUUAUUAAAUAGUGAACUAUAUAAAACACAGAAUGCUUAUUCAAAUUACUUCAAUAACAAUUAUGCAUUUAAUAUAUAUAAAGACUUCAAUUAUAGGAAAUAUAUGAAUAAUUGUAAAGAGGAUUUACAUAUGGCAAAUAUAUUUAUUAAUAACACUAGUGACAAUAAUGAUAACAGCAAUAGUACUUUUAACAACCUUACUAUUAUUAAAGAUAGAGAUAAGCAUAAUAUUAAUAUUAAUAUUAAUAAUAAUAAUAAUAAUAAUAAUAAUAAUAAUAAUAAUAAUAAUAAUAAUAAUAAUAAUAAUAAUAAUAAUAAUAAAUGCGAUAACACAAAUAUUAUAAAUGGAAUUUCGUAUAAUUAUUACCAAAGUAUUUAUGAUAGUAAUUCCAAAAAAAAAAAAAAAAAAGAAUAUAUAGAUGAAGAAAAUACAAAUUUCCAUAUUGAGAAAAUAAGAAAUAGAAUACAAGAAUUACAGAAUAAAAUAAAAGGUAAUUUAAAUGAAUUAAGUAGUAAAAAUAUAAAAAAAAAAAAAAAUUUAAAUAAUGAUAAUAAAUUAGAAUGUACAUUCAAAAAUAAAACAGGGGGGAAAGAGAGAGUAAAUAAUUAUAUACAUACGAAAAAUGUAGAAUCUUCUCAUAAUGAAAAAAAUCAUAAUUGUUUAAAUUACUCAAAUGGAAUAGAUCAAUAUAUUAACGCAAAUAACAUGAAUGAGAAAAGCUUAAUUAAAUAUAUUUCAAAAAAAAUUUGUAAUUCUUUUAGUAAAUGUAAUGGGUUGUUGUGUAUAAGUGUGAGCGGAGAUAAAGAAAUGUAUGAAAAUUUAUUUUCUAUUUAUUCUAAAUUAUUUGAUUCGAAAAGUAACAAUAAUUUAAAUAUAGGAAGUAUACAUAUUGAAGACAUUAGUUUUUAUUUCCAUCUUAUACACACUUUAAAUAAAAACAAUACUUAUAAAAUAAUAAAAAAGGAAAAAAUGUAUUUUUAUUAUAAAAUGAAAGAAUUAAUAAAACAUCAAUACAAGAUAAAUAUAUUAUAUGAAUAUAUUAAAAAUUCUAAUAUUUAUGAAAUUAAAAAUGAUCCUAAAGAACAUAAUGAUAUAAUAAAAAUAAAUAAUAAUAAUAAUAAUGAAUUUGAUAAAUAUACCCAAAUAAAUUUUAAAAACUAUCAAGAAUUGCAUGAAAAUUAUUUAGCAUUUUUGAGAAAGUUUUAUUUAGAUGAUAAAGAUUAUGAAAACUUAUUUUUAAAAGACAUACAAUGUAUGAUUUAUAGUAAAGAUAAAUGGUCAAGUGAUUUAUUAAAUAAUGGUUGUACAAAAGUGAGAAAAUUUGAAAAUAUUACAAAAAAAAAAAAAAAAAAAAAUUAUAAUGGUAAUAAUAAUAAUAGCUACAACGAAUUUCAUAACAAAUGUAAUAAUUUAAUAGAAGAUAAUUAUGAUACAAAUAAUAAAAGAGAAAUAAAUGUGAAUAAGAAGAUAGAAGAGAUAAAAGGAAUAGACUCUAAAAUUAAAAACGAAAAAAGAAAUUUAUAUUCAUAUAUAAAUAAUAAAAAUAAAAUGAGUAAAACACAACUCAUAAAAGGAAAAUGUAUUAAUAUGACAAAUGGAAAUCUAGAAAAUGAAAAAGAAAUGUUAAUAAAAAAUGAAAUCAAAGAAUUUUAUAAAUAUAAAAAAAAAUUAAAAAAAAUUUUAUCUAAAAAAGAAAAUAAAGUAAAUAAUUCUAAAAAAGUAUGUAUGUAUAAAAUAAGAAAAAUUGUUAGAAACUUAUGUAAACUUUCAAGUAUUAAAUAUAAAACCUUUUUAAUUCAUGAAUUAUUUAGAAUAUUUUUUAAAUUUACAAAGAAUAAAAAAAAAGGAAAUCAGAAUAAAAUUGAAAAUUUAGAAAGAAAGCCUUUAAAAAUAAUACUGAAUAAUAAAGUAAAUAAAAUUAAUGAAAAAAUGAAAGAUCAUUUUAAUUCUGAUGAGAGUUUUAUUUCAUUAGUGAAAGCAGAAAAAAAAGAGGAUAAUAUUAAAGUUAAUAGAAAAAAGAUAAAGAAGGAAACAGAAGAUCAAAGAGAAAACAAGAAACAAAAAAUAGAAAGAAAAGAAAAACCUGAAGAAGAAAGAGAACACAAGAAGAAUGAAUAUGAAAAGAAUGAAGAAAAUAAUAUCUAUGCUGAAGAAAUACAAGAAAGUAAAAGCAGAAUAAAAGAUAAAGGAAAAUAUUAUUUUUCAAGAAAAGAUGAAUACUUUUUAGAUGAAUUAACAAAUCAAAAUUUAAAUAAAAAAAAGAGGUAUAUUAUACAUGAAACAGAUUGUUUGGAAGGAAUUGGAAAAUAUGAUGAAAUAAAAGAGGAGGGAAGAAUUACAACUAAUAAAAAAAAGAGAUGCAAAUCUAUAUUAUUAGAUAAAUUAUGUGAAAAAAAUUAUGAAGUGUUUGAAAAAAGAAAAGUACAUAAUUCGAAUAAAAAAAAUAAAGAUACUUAUAUAUAUUUAAGUGGGAAUUUAGAUGUUUAUUUAAGUGAGAAUAUGAAUAUAAAAUUUGAAAAAUGCAACAUUUUUUUUAAAAAAAAACACAUAAAUAAUGAUUUUAAAAUGAAUUUUGAUAAAAAUUUUUGUCCUAUUUUUUUUAACAAAAUAUUAGUAGAUUGUAUAAAAGAUAUACGAUUAACGAAAAAUUAUUUGUCAUUAUCAUACAAUGAUAUCAAUGAUAUUCAUGGCGAUAAAUCCAGCGAUUUUGAAAUAGAAAAUAAAAUAACAAAAAAAAAAUAUAGCAAAAAAGAUCAUUGCUUUAAAUAUUCAAAAAAUAUAUUAUAUUCAAAAGAAAGUUGCAUUUACAGAAGAAAAUCAUUAAAAAGAGAUGAAAUCAUGUUAUUGUUUCAAAUUUUAUAUAGGAAUUUUUAUAAGUGUAUGCCUAAAUUAGCUUUUAAUUCUAAUUUAGGAGUUUAUUAUGACUUUCCUUUUUUUUCCAAACAUACAAAUAAAUUUAAUAUUAAAAAAAGUAUAAUUUAUAAAAAUUUAGAUGAUACAUUUUAUUUUAAUAUCUUUCUAUGUAAAUAUAUAAAUUUUAAAGAGGGAGAAUUAUAUAAUCCGCAAAAUUUUUUUUGUCUUGAUAGAAAGCUAAUAUUAUCAAUCAUUUUAUAUUUAAAUGAAAACUUAGGAAAAUUAUCUGUUCUUCAUAAAUUAUAUGAAGAACAUCAAUAUAUGGAAUAUUUAAAAAGUAAUGAAUAUUAUAAUAAAUAUUGUGAUAAUGAAAUAAUAAAUCAUGAAGAUAGAUAUUUUAAUAUAAUUAAAAAUUAUCUAAAUAAUGUAAUUAUACCAUAUUGUGACCAUUCAAGCUUUUAA